ACCACCUUGAGUGAAUCGGUCCGUCGACGUCGCUCUGCACAUACGAAAAUCCACCGCGAUGACCUAAAUUGAGGCGGCGCGAGUGCGCAUACCGAACGCCGCUCAAUUGCACGCACGGCUUUUCGCGAUUUUUUCCCAGAGACAUUUUUCAGUGAUCACGCAAAAAAUCCGACAAGGAAACGACAGACGGUUUUCCGAAACAUCUCAUUCAAAUUUUAAGUAAAUGCAAUCGAAAAAUGAUACGAAAUUUAGUUAUGACAGGAGAUGAAAAUGGUGGAAACGUACUUUAUUUUCAUAUCUCUAAUCAUAAUUGUUCUAUUCGCCGUUCCAAUCUCCGUCGAAAACCGCACCCUGGAACCCACUGAAACACCCAACACCACCACCGCCAAUUCUUCAGAUAUUGGUACAUACAUCGGAGCAUACUGUGUAUCGGCAUGUAGUGUAAAUUUGCUGCACGUCUAUUGUAAUCCCAGGACGAAUAUGUGCUCGUGCGAGAAAAGCUUCCCUGUAAAAUUAAAUCCUCACGUCGGCUGCGGCGAAGCGAAACGACUGGGAGAUCAAUGUUAUUACAAAGAGACUUGCCAGUAUACCGACCAAUAUUCAUCAUGUAUACAAAUACACCACAACGCCGUUUGUCAAUGCAUAGACGGAUAUCAUUCCGUAUCGCUUCAAAAGCCCUCUGUGAAAAUGUUUUGCUCAAAAGAUAUCGUUAUCAUUACCACGGACUUCAGAACGUUCGUUGGAGUCCUCGCUGGCAUAGCGGUACUUACAGGCCUAAUAUGUUUUACUUUGCAUCUGUUCAAUCAAAAUCUUUACGAAAAUCAUCACAGCCGCUUCGGAAAUACCAACCUGACCUUAUUUGCAGAUAAUUCAGAUCGUUUGGAAAUGCCUAUAGCAGAGCAAAGCAUGACUUCAAGAGCAUCGAGCAACAAGAGUUUCACAUAUCAGUUCCAGAAAUCUGGUUCUUCCCAAAAUUCCCACGUUGGAUCUCCCGCAGUACUGCUGUUGUCAUACCAUGUACCAUCGAAUGAAGUGAUUUGCAAAACCGACAACAGAAUGGGUUCACGUCGACCCAGCUACUCGUCGGUCCACAGCACCAUAUCCAUAAACAGCUACAGUUCUCGACGGUACGAACGUGAGCGAGAACAAAAAGAAGAGAGGGAGAUGCAAAGGCGGCUGUCGAAAAUUAAAGGAUCCAAUAUAGAAGCUAAUAACGACUUACGUUCUCCUGACAAUAUAUUACAAGAAAAUCAGUUCGAGGUUGCACACUUAGCUAGAGAAGAGUCAAUGUCAAUGUCUUUACGUGGCGAAGAGAUUCCGUCAACUUCAAAUCAAUCAUUUUGAGAAUAUAGCUGAGACCCCGAAUUUAGAUCAAUGAAUGAAUCAUAUCUUAUUUAUCGACAAUGUUUUGCAAUGUUUUUGUAUUUUUCUAAAAUUUUAUUUUGCGUUACGUAUGUUUUAUAUCGUAGAUUUUAUAUUAUCUGUUAAAGUUUUAUAGUUAAUAUACCUGGAUGUCUGAUGUAUGAUAUAUGUAAAUUGUACAUUUUAUAGGAAAAAUAAAUAUUGUUGUUGAUACAGCCUUGUUUAUGUUUUAGUAAAUAUUUCAAAUUUAAAAUUAAUAAUUUAUA